AUGCCUUAUCUUCAAGAUGUCGUCGGUGUCACUCCCGAAAGGUCAAGUGCUCAGGGGAGCACCCGUGCCAAAACUGUCGGCACGCUGGCAAAGGCCCCGAGUGUACCUACCCGCGACGGAAUAGGCAAGUCAAGCUACAUUGACGGCCUCUUGGACGAAAUCCGUCGGCUCAAGAGUCAGAAUGCCCAGAGCGCGCCUAGUUCUAUCAGGGACGACGUCAGUCAGAUAACCACCCAGACCAACACCAGUAGCUACAUCGGCAACAAGGUGACUACGCCGUCUUCAGGGCGGGGAGGCAGCGACAAUGAGGAGCCCUCAGAAGCCGCCACACUAGAAGUGAGACCAUGGUUCAUGAACGCCAACGUCUUCCGCACCCCAAUCCUCAUCAGCGAGGUGGCGGACGCGGCCUUCACCACCCGCUUCCGCCAGGUCAUUUCCGACCCCGAAGAGCCCCAGCCAAAGCACAUUCUCAGACUCAACUACGCCCCAGACAAGGAACUGAUGACGCUCGUCAAGUCUGACAUCCCAUGGCCCACGCCCUCCAGGUCUCGGUUUCUCGUAGAAGUCGCGCUCAAGUACGUCAGCAGACGGUACCAUGUCGUCCGCCGCAGCUCCAUCAUGGAGAACUUGGAACAGAGUAUCCACAACCCUUCGUGGGGAGACUUGAUGCUUCGGUCGAAGCUGUGGGCGCUCUUCGCCAUUGGUGAACUAUACUCGACCCGCUCCAUCCCGUCGGAGAGGGACUUUCCGGGCAUGGCCUACUUUGCGAAAGCUUCUAGGAUACUCGGCCUGCUCGAUGAGCGGCCUGGCACAGACUCCAUUGAGAUUAUGCUCCUCCUUUCCUUCUAUUCUCUAGUGCUCAAUCGCCGGUACAGUGCCUUCGUCAUGUCCGGGACAGCUAUGCGGAUGGCCAUAGUGAUGGGCCUCCAUCUCAAUAUUCCAGAAUCUCAGCUUCGUGACCCCGACCUACGAGAGCACAGGAAGCGGCUCUUCUGGACGACGUACAUCUUUGAUCGUGUGUGGGCCUCCAAGCUAGGUCACCCAAGCGCCAUCCAAGAUAACGACAUCGGCGUGGAUCUGCCCUCAGAACCAGUUGUCGGCCAGACAUUUGGCGCUGACUUUGACGAUGCCGCUUACCACAUCGCCAACCUGCGUUUAGCAGCCCUCGUGACAAAGACUGUCCGCUCAAUCUAUGGUCAACGCAAUCAGGGAGAUGCCACUCUGUCAACACGAGUGCAACAAGCCCUGAAAGACCUCCGGGCUUGGGUCGAGGAUUUGCCCACCCACCUUCAGAUCGAUAACCCAGACUCUGGACCAAAGCCCAUUUCCCUUCACUUGUCCUUCAACCAGUGUGCCAUCCUGGCCACACGACCCAUCCUACUUCACAUCUUGCGCACGCAAGUCGCCUCAUGGCCCUCAUCAUCCCCCGUAACAGACGCACAGGUACCCGCCAGCGCCAUCACCCUCUCCGAGGCCUGCAUCCGCUGCGCCCGCCACUCCAUCCGCCUCCUCACAGACUCCUGGAUCGACGGCUCCUUCGCCACCUUUGACUACUUCUACACCCAGUACCUCUUCUCAGCGCUGACCAUCCUCGCAGCAUCGAGCCUCCUCGACGGCCCCGAGAGCAGGAGCGACAGGGAGGCCUUUGAGGAGUCGGCACGGUUCCUGUCCCAGCUGCGCGAUGCCGGCAACUUCGCCGCCCAGGAGUACUGCCACCACGUCGACGUGAUGAAGGCGGACCUGGACAAGGUGUACGCCAAAAGGAUGGGGCUGGCACUCGGGGAGCAGCAUACACGGGGGCUGGCGGCCGAAGACGUGUCGUCGCGGUUCACGAGGGUUGGCUCAGCGAUGUCGCAGUUUGGCCCCGCGCCGAUGCUGCCGGCGCACACGACGGCGGGGAUGGCCCUCACAGAGCCGUCUCUGGAGGAGCUUCUGGCUCAGCCGGUGCUGGAUUUGCAGUUUUUGGAGGCCUCGUUCUAUGAUGACCAUCAAGGACUAUACUGGCCGGACUUUAGCACAGAGAACUGGAAUGAUUUGGCAUAG